AUGGAGAUAUCCUCAUUUUUUCCCUCAUCCGCUGCCGAGUGUGAGGAAGCCUGUCUCCUGCUUCGCAAAUUGGAGGUCUUGCCGCUGUACUCUGAACUACCAGAGAACCAGAAGAGUCGAGUGCUCCAAAAGAGAACAAAGCGAAUGUGUGUAUGUGCCACCAACAUUGCUGAGGCCAGCAUGAUUGUCGAUGGCAUUGUCCAUAUCAUAGAUCUUGGCAAAGCCAAGCACAAUGGGUACAACCCGCGUAUGAGAUUAGACACCCUAAUCACGGGUCCAAUAUCACAAGCUGCCGCCCGUCUGCGUGCUGACUGCGCCGGUCGAAACAAGCCUGGCUUUUGCUAUAGGCUGUACACUUACAAGUCCUUCAAGGAGGAGACGAAGGCAUUCUCAACACCCAAAAUCCACGAGAAUGGGAUUUCUGAAUUCAUUUCAAAGCUCAAGGCCAUGGGAUUUGACAACGUCGCUGAGUUCGACUUUGUCGAUCCACCUCACCCCGAGAUCUUAUUUCGCGGGCUGGAGGACCUUGGGCAUAUAGGCUACAUAGAUAGUAAAGGGGCAAUUACUGAACGUGGCCGUCGGGCUUCCAAAUUACACGUCCAUCCAGUAUGGUUCAACGCCAUCGUAGAGGCUCACAAACUUCGUUGUAGCCUUGAAAUGCUGGCUCUCGCCGCUCUCGAUGGAUCCAACAUCUACUUGCGACCACAUGGAGUCAGGUAUUAUGCUGAUCUUGCCCGACAGCAAUUUGCCGACUUUACAUCAGACCCUCCCAAGAAGGAAAGGAUCGAUUUGGACAUCAGACAGUGGUGUUUUGAUGCGUUCCUCAACCACUCCGUUCUAGACGAGGUCGCACGGGUUCGACAACAACUCAAGGAACAAUUCCACUUGUUGUUUCCGGAUUGGAGAGCGCCCAAUACAACCCCCUUUAUCGAUCCAAAUUACGAGAUCAACAUACGAAAAGCUCUGACCCGAACCUUCUACUACCGCUCAGAUUUUCGUGACCCAGCCGGUAUUGGCCAGUACCGCGUCGUUCGUGCCAACUGGCAGGCUGGCAUCCACCCAGAUAGUCACCAGGUUGGAGCUAAUCAUGAGUGCAUCCUCUUUGGAAACUUAACCUACUCUGGGAUCCAGUAUAUGUCAAAUGUCACCGCUGUUGAGCCUGAAUGGCUUGCUGAACUCGACUUCUUCAAAGAAAAGAAUUGGCUGAGGAAGCCCAAUGGAGUUUAUCGCAUGCCUAUUCUACAGACUACCACCCUUCCCCUGCAGCCCAAGAAAGACCCAAAAAACACUCCCGAGUAG